GCCUGCGCAAUUUAAUCUAACGUGCACGUAUUAUGCAUGGCUAUCUAGUGCUAUGGCCGAUUCUCGCGCUAGAUAACCAUGAAGAUUUGGAACAUUCACGAUCUUCUGUGUCGACGAACAGUCUUAGACAUGCGCGACGCUCGGAAUUCACCACUAAAACAGGAUGUUUUCUACUUCUUCCUGCUCAACGCUUCAUCCGGUUUCAUGCUCUCUGCUGCUCACAAUGUGCUUUACUUUGUGCUGGAUAUCAGAACACCUGUAAUCCAUUUUUUGCACAACUUUUUCACAUUCUGGUUCAUGGUGCUGCUUUACACACUCGGAUGUAUUCCAAAAGGAUCGCUCCCAAUUCAGGAGUUCCGAAUUCCUAUUGCUCAUUCGCAAAAUCGACAAGGAGAGUUAUAUCUGGUUAGAAUUUUUGAUUUUCUCUUUACAUUCACCGUUCUUGCCAUGUGCAAGAUGAUCGUGCCCGAAAGAGUCAACGGAAAGCCAACGCCUGCACUCAUGGUCCCGCUAGCUCUUGCUGCCUCUUUAUCAUGGUUAGAGUUUGGCCAAAUUGAAUACACUACCAAAUCAAUUCUUUGCGCACCAUUUCUGGCAGUCGCUAGAGCAAUAUCACUUUUGACGAUGCAACGAACGUAUAAUCGCUGCAGUGAGAGUAGCUCUGCAGGUAAGGCAGCACAUCUGGAGCAGUUUUGUUUGUACUACACAGGACUUGCAAGUCUAGCGUUAUUACUUCCAGCAGCGAUCUCAUAUUCGAUGUCCCACGUUGAGGUAGAAGCGAGCUGGGAAUCAAUCGAUUACGCUCUAAUGUGCUUAUCGUUCUUGUUUAUGUCAUGCAAUUUAUAUUCGGAUAUGUGGCUUGGAUUACAGUUGAAUGCACGCGCAUACGCCACCCUAGAUCAUACCAAAUAUUUGGGAGCAUCGAUUGGACAAUGGAUUAUUCAAAACAUGGCGCAUCCAAAUGUGAUUGCUUUUGGAGGAAAAGUGCUGACGGUAGCAUGCCUUAUCAGGAUUUGGUGCCGAUAAGUUGAGGAGGCCAAAACGGAAGAAUAUCGAAUUUUCCUAUUAAUAUUGUUGUCGGCUUGUAAAGCAAUCUUCAAAAUAAAAGGUGGAAGUU